AUGGCCAGGAUGCUCAUCGUCCUCAGCAAGCAUUACAAGCAACUGUCACUAGGAGAUCAUUUUACGAUCAUAUUUUUUGCAGGUGUAGAAGCUGUGAUCCAGACCCAGCAGACUGUCCUAGCAGCAGAGGGUGAAGAUGCUCCUCUCAGCUGUCAGCUCCUGGAAACUGAAGAGGUCCAUCAGGUUACCUGGCAGAAGGUUUCUGAGAGCACCGAGAGGACUAUCUCUUCCUACAGCAAUGACAUUGGUCCAACAGUAAAUCCUGACUUUAAAGAUAAAGUUCAGUUUACAGAAGCUGGUCUGCAGAAUUCCUCCAUAGUUAUCAGGAAUGUUACAGAGCAAGAUGAAGGAUAUUAUCUCUGUAGAUUCAAAUUCUAUCCUGAUGGAGUUUUAAGUGCAGGAACCUGCCUGAAUGUUUAUGAGAUGCAUGAACCCAUCCUUGAUGUCAGCAGAUCAAAGUAUCCUGCAGAGUCAGUCGUGUCCUGUUCAGCCACAGGUCGACCUGCUCCCACUGUAACACUGACUGUUCUACAGCAGAACCUCAGCUUCUCCCACUACAACAGCAGCAGUGUGACCCACAGCAACGGUACAGUCACCGUCACCACCACAGCUCUGCUGUCAGCUUCCAGCAGCACACAGGUUGGAUGUUCAGUGUCAGUGCUCUCUGCUGCUCCCAGAGAGAAGCUGAUCACCGUUCCUGGAGUUAAAGGAACAUCUGAUGAUGGUGAGGAACUAUUAGAGCAUCAGUGA